CAUGGCUUUCCCGCUAAACUCUCUAAACUAUAGUUACCCCUAAACAGAAUCCGUGCCUAACAAUUGGCAUGGUUGAUUUCUCCCUUCUUAUUCUUAUAAAUACUAAUUACAUCAACAAUUUUGUGAUCUUCAACAUUAAAAGUCGCUAAUCAAAUAAAUUCAAAUUAGUGAAAAAGACAACACUAUUAAAAAUGACAAGCCUAUCUUUCUCUAUAGUUGCCAGAAGAAGCAUCCUCAAUUUUAAGGUUCUCCAGACAAUUACCCGAAGAUAUGUUCAAUCUGGACCAGGCUCAACCUCUCACGAUGCAACAAACGCCGCAAAACGAGGUCUUAACGAGGCACUAAGGACCGGCGAAAACCUGAAGAAUCAGGCUACCUCCAGCGCUGAAAACAUGGCUGAUAGUACAAAGGAUUCAGCUCACGGUGUAGCAGAUAAAGCAAAGCAAGCAGCGCAUGGUGCUUGGGAAUCAGCCAAGGAAACAGCCCAUAAGACUAAGGACAAUGUGUUUGGCAAGGCUGAUGAAGCCAAGGAAAGCGUUAAAGAGACCGCGAAACGUAGCAUGAACACCAAGAAAGAUCCCAACUGUUAAAGGCCCCUAAUUAAGUGGUUAACAAAAUAUAAUUAUACAUUAAUCAUCUUCAUGGAUGAUGAAGAACCCUUAUAGUUGUACUAGCUAGCUAGCUUUUAAGUUCUCAUAAACGUAAUUUGAACAAUUUUGCUUUUUAUUAAGUUCAAUCUCAUGCUAGUAGUAUGAGGUUGAAUCUUUAUAGGAUUUCUAGUUAUUUCUCUUUCAUUUA